AUGAAAAACGAGAACGUUCCGGAAUUGAAAAAACUUCGCGAUAAUGUAUCCGCUUCUCUCGCCGCGUUAGCGAAUCUCGAGCGUCCCGUCGAGCAGUGGGACGAUCUACUCGUCUAUAUUAUCUCGCAAAAGUUUAGUCCGCGAACGCGUAACGAAUGGAACUUGGAACGAGGCGAUACGGAUGCGUAUCCUACGUACAAAGAGAUUCAUGACUUCAUGACUCUUCGCAUUCGCGGUCUCACGGAUUACCCUUCGCAAUCCGACUCUGCGUCGAAUAAUUUGAGCUUUGUUUCCGCAUUAGCGCGCGGAAACAAAGCUCGUACUUCCGUCAAUAAUGUGUCUCCUGUAAAAUGCGUUCGUUGUUCCGGAAAUCAUAGUUUGGCAAAGUGCAAUAAAUUUUUGAGUCUGCCGGUCGAGCAGCGUCGACUCGUCGCGCGACAGCAUAAGUGCUGCUUUAACUGCCCGCGAACCGAACAUUUCUUAAGUAAUUGCCCGAGUAAAGGACGUUGCAAUCGAUGCCACCAAGCUCAUCAUUCGCUGCUUCACAGCGAGAGUACGGAGGGUGGUACCAGAUGCGAGCCUUCCGCGAUUAACUCGACGCUCUCCUCGCAAGCUACCGCGUCAGUCGCCGCUGCCUCUGAGCCGCCGGCCUCGCUCUUCGCGUCCGUUCAGACAGUGCAUUCUGCGCGAAGCUUUAUUACGUCGCCGCCUCACGUACUUCUCGCCACUGCGUAUGGAAGGCUAAGUACGAUCGAGGGCCGCACAUUUAAACGAAUCACAGCUUAUACAGCUUCUCAGACAAAGCCGGCCGCAAUGUGGCCGCAUUUACGCGACUUGCCGUUAGCAGAUCCCGAUCCCUCCAGUAAUCACCCGAUUCACGUAUUAAUCGGCGCGGAUUUAUACGGAUCUCUGCUACUCGACGGUCUUCGUCAAGGUCCGGUCGGCACGCCGACGGGCCAACGUACGGUUUUAGGAUGGAUCAUCUCCGGUCCUGUCGGCUCCGCGCGCCCAGCCGGAGAAUCCGCAUCCGUUCUGAAUUGCGUAUCCUGCGAGGAUACGAAUUCCUUGUUGCAACGUUUUUGGGAGGAUGAAAGCAUCCCCUCUCGAACCUCUCUCACGGAGGAGGAAGAACGUUGCGAAAAGCAUUUUGUUGCUACGCAUUCUCGCGACUUGCAAGGACGCUACAUUGUGCGUUUGCCGUUUAAAAACGGUCCCCCUCAGAUAGGCGACACCUUUCGUAAGGCUUCAAUUUUUUAUUCUAAAAUGGAACGCCGACUUUCGCAAAAGCCCGAGAUCGCGUCUCAGUAUCACGGUUUUCUCCACGAAUACUUGUCUAUGGGGGACAUGGAGGAGGUGCGCGCGGAUGAGCGCUCUCCAUAA